AAGCUGGCUCAAGAAUAUUUUACAAACAUAAUUCAGAUGUAACUUGGCCAUGGCUGCUAACAGAAGGAUAAGCAUUCAGAGACCUCUAACAAGUGGGAUGUCGGACAGAUAUAGUGAAAGAUAUGCUGCUGCAAGCGAUAAGCAUUCUGAAAUAACUAAGCCUUCUGGUUGGCACCAUCAUGAUUUAUAUCACAGAUCAUACCAGAAUGCUGAGGAACAGAAUUGUCAAUCCAAUGAUGCAUUUCCUUUAUCAAAUGUGAAAAAUAAUAGCAGAUCUGAAGAUUUUAGUAGACGUCUAGAAAACCUCCUGACAUCAAUAAACAACCCAUCUAAAAGGUCUUUUGCUGCUGCUGACAACUACCCAUUAAGUGACCGGAGAGAAAUUUCAUCCUAUGAUCAGGGUUGCUCUUCAGAGCUUGAAAACGCUGAAGAUGAAGAGCGGAUAUAUGACACAAUUAUCAAUGAAGAAGAAUAUUAUGACUUCUCAGAAUUUAGCGAUACGGAAAGUGUGAGUGACACUGAAAAUCAGCUGACCCAGAGUCAUUCAUCCAGCAAUUAUUCUGACUACAUGGACAGCAGUGCCACAAAAGGAAAUGUUCCACUGCCACGCUAUGGAUCUGAUGACCGGGAACCCUUUUCCCAAAUUGGUUGUAAUACACAUGAUAUGUCACCUACCCAUGGCAGCCCCUCUAGUGUGGACACACAAGCAGUUAAAAAUGAUGAGAUUUAUGUUAAUAUUCCUCAGAUAGAAGAAGAGCCUGUGUAUGAUGACAUUGCCAAUUUUAAGACCGAGGCACCUGAAGUAAAUGAACUUAUUAGCACAGAGACAGAAUAUGUUCGCUCACUACAGCUUCUGAUUUUCCAUAUUCAGCCCAGGCUGGAGGAGAUCCCACAAAUUGAUGUCAGAAGUCUCCUUUGUAAUGCUGAAGAACUUCUUUCAGUCCAUGAGUCAUUUCUCAGUGAAUUAAAAGAUACAAAAAAUGAUGACCAAAACCAACUCUAUCAGAUCGGAAGCCUUUUUCAGGAAUACAGCCGAGAUAUGGAAAAUGCAUACGCUGUUUAUUGUAAUGGAUAUACAAGAUCUGCAUCACUACUUCAGAGUUACCAAGAAACACCACCUAUAAAUGAAAAGAUCCAGGAAGUACUGCAAAUUUUACAAGACAUGGAUAGCGUUAAACAAUUCAAAGACCUUUCCUUCUACCUGAUACAGCCCGUACAGCGUAUCACCAGGUACCCCCUUUUAUUGCGCAGCAUCCUGAAAAAUGUACCGCAAGAACGACAUUCACAAGAGAUGCUUCAGAGAGCUCUUGACACCAUGAAUGAGGCAAAUGUCAGCAUCAAUGAAAACAAGAGGCGUAAAGAAAUCGCGACCAAGUAUCUGCAGUCAGACCAGAGGUCGUUGAGGGAAAAACUAUCAAAGCUGAAUACCCACACUAUCAGUAAGAAGACUAACAGGUUAAGCACGUUUUUAAGACAACAGGCAGGCAUGUCUCCCAAGAAAGAAGACAAAGAAUUUGAUAGCUUGGCUGAAAAGUUUCACAGAAUGGCAAAUUUUGUUUCCCAGCUGGAAGAAAACUUAAUAAUAUAUGUAAGGAAUGUGGAGACAUUUAUUAACAUUCAGCCUCAGACAUAUCCGCUGGAGCUCUUGCAAGGAACAAUGCAUCCUUUCCAGGCCUUCUCACAGGAACUCUGUAACAGGACAUAUCCGGUGUUUAAGAGGAGGUUGCAGUUACUGGUCCUUCAACCUAUAUGUAACCUUUCAGAAUGCUUAAAGGGACCAAAGAAUCUGAUCAAGAAAAGAGCAGACAAACUUUUGGACUAUGAAAACCUUGAGGAGAAGUAUAGCGAGACUGGUAAAAUGACAUGGGAAGAGGAGGAUAUUAUCAACAACUAUAAGGGCAUCCAUUCCAUGCUCAUGUCUGAACUGCCACAGUGUAUCUCCCUGUCCUGGCAGUGGCUUCAUAACAUCUUGCUUACCUUUAUGGCCUUGCAGAAAGAAUUGUCAGAGCAAGGACAGCAUGUAGCAGAAACACAAGCUUCAGAGAUGCAAUGUAGCAUGGCCGCAGAGGCAAACUUCAAGAGAUGGGUAGAUGAUGGUAUCUGUCAAAUGGUUUCUCAGCUCGGUGAAUUCAUCAAAAAAUUUGAGGAGGAAUCAUUACCACCACCAGAACAGGAGUACACUCCAGCAACGGAACGCCAAAUCCAACAGUUAUUGCAACGCUACAAGGCUGAAAAGCUCUACCAAGUAGUGAGCAGUUUUGCAAGCAGUAGGGAAAUGGAGCUAAGCCUCAGUCGUGGUGAUGUGGUGGCAGUCAUCCAGCUUGCUGAUACAAGAGGAAACAGAAACCGAUGGCUGGUCGACACAGGAGCAUCUCGUGGAUAUGUACCAAGCAGCAAACUGCAGCCCUACCAGGUGGAACAGAGUCCAUCUCGCUUAAGUGUUUCACCUGAGCCAAACACGACUGUUGAAGGGAGGAGACAUUCACUUACAUCUCAAGUAUGUCCCUAUCCAACCUCUCCUGAGUACAUGGACACCACUGAAACAUUUCAGAUUGUUGCUGGAUACUCAUUUACAGCUCGUAGUAAUUAUGAGGUCAGCAUCAUGGCUGGAGAGCCUGUAACAGUUCUGGAGCCACAUGACAAAGAAGGACGCCCAGAAUGGAGCUUAGUGGAAGUGAGUGGACAAAGGGGCUACGUACCUUCUAGCUACCUAGUUAGAGUACCUGUGAAGGCCAACAGCCACAGGCCAUCGCUGGGUAAUUACGCGCAGAUAAGCUAAUACUACUGUGAAUCCUGGAAAAGAAGAGGAACACUUGUAUAACUUCAUCCCACCUCCCCAAACCAUGGCUACUUGAAUAGUGCUUACCAUGACCCCUUUUACUGUGAAUUCCUAAACUCACCAAACUACUGUAUACAAAUGUUUAAGCAUGAAAGUACCAUGCAUUUGGCCGACAAGUAAAAUCUUAUCAGUGCAAUGCUGGCAUCUUUACCAGAAUACACAAGAGACUUCAUACAUGCCAACCAAGCAAGCUUCAUUUGUUGCAGACUCCAUGUAUUUAAAUAGCUGGACUUUGACCCGCACUGUAUGAAAACUGCUACAUAUUAACUCCUUAACAUGCUGAUUUACAUAAACUGAAUGCUCCUAGGAUUGCACAAUGUGAGUUUGAAAGAUUUUGCAAUGUUGGUUUACAUAAUAUUUAUAUUAAUAAAAUAAAAUGUCACUCCUCGUCCUCCAUAGAGGAUCAUGACUGUA